AAAAACAAAAAGAGAGAACAAAGUGAGAAGAUAAUCUGCUUUGCACGCAAUAAUCACAAUCUCUUGGACCGGAAGCGAUCAUGCCAACUCCAGAGCUUGGGCCUCUAGCCAUACGUCUUCUCUCUAACUUUGAUAAUUGAACACGUGUUCAACUAUUCUAGAUUUGGCAGCACUACAUCUAAUUCACAUAGUCCGGCUUUCCAGUUGUUUCCAUAUGUUCACCAAGUAGUUCAACUACGGCCUCUACGAAGUUCCCAAAUCAUGUCCUAACCAAAGAAACACCUUUAAAUGACCUAAAUGUCCUCCCUUCCAAUGCCCUCACAUUUCCUUCUCCGGAACAAUCACUCCCUAAACUGCGCCAGCAAAUUCCAGAAAUUUUAUUCAAGGGUAUCGAGUUUCAGCUUCAGAAUGAUAAAGGGUCAGUGUAAAGUUUGGAUUUUUCAAUCACUCUAUGCACUUGUUGCGAUCGGUUCAGUUCUAAUCUUCUUUCUAGCCAUGGCUUGUGCAUAUCUAUAUGUGUUUCCUUAUACAAGUACUCUUGUUUAUAAGCACGGAAUGUCCAAUUCAAGUGAUUCGAUUAGUGAGUGCAAUGUGUUUGAAGGAAGUUGGAUUCAAGAGGAUAGUUAUCCUUUGUAUAAUGCCUCACAAUGUCCCUUUGCGGAACGUGGUUUUAAUUGCAUAUCUAAUGGUAGAAGAGAUAGAGGUUAUAUGAAAUGGAGAUGGAAGCCUAAAAAUUGUGACCUACUGUGGUUUAGCGCACGAGAAGCUCUUGAGGGGCUCCGUGGGAAACGGGUUGUUUUUGUUGGUGAUUCGUUGAGCCGAACACAAUGGGAAUCUUUCAUUUGUAUGCUCAUGACUGGUUUGGAGGAUAAGACAAGUGUGCGUGAAAUCAAUGGGAAUAAGAUCACUAAACAGAUCAGAUUUUUGAGUGUAGAGUUUGGAACAUUUAAUCUGAGAGUUGAUUUUUAUCGGUCAGUGUUCUUGGUGCAGCCUGCAUCUUCACCAAAGCAUGCACCAAAGAGAGUGAAGUCAACUAUUAAAUUGGACAAGUUGGAUUUUAUUAGUAAAGAGUGGAUAGAUGCAGAUGUUCUGGUUUUCAAUUCGGGACACUGGUGGACCCCGACUAAACUUUUCGCAACGGGCUGCUAUUUUCAAGUUGAUGGAGCGCUGAAACUUGGAAUGCCAAUAACUUCUGCCUUCAAAAUAGCAUUAGAGACCUGGGCAUCUUGGGUUGAUACUACAAUUAACUCAAAUAGAACUAGAGUAUACUUCCGAACUUUCGAAUCUUCUCACUGGAGAAACCAUAAACCUUGCACAGUGACUAAACGCCCUUCCUCGCUAACCGGAGGGAGGGACCGCAGCUCAAUUUCAGACGCAAUACUUGGAGUUGCGAAGAAAAUGAAAGUUCCAGUGCGAGUUUUGCACGUUACCCCAAUGGGAGCUUUCCGGAGUGAUGGGCAUGUGGGCACUUGGAGUGACAAUCCAUCGGUGCCUGAUUGCUCCCAUUGGUGUCUGCCUGGAGUGCCUGAUACGUGGAACGAAAUUCUCUUUUCAUACAUUCUGAGCGAAAAUCAGGUACCCUUCAAUGAACACUAAGCUGCAAAGGCUCAUUUUUCCUGCAAUUUCUGGUAUCAUUUGAUCUUCUCACUUUGCAGCCGACUACAAAAGAUGAAUAAAUGUUUCUCUUUGCUAACCCUUCUGGUCCUGUACGUGUCCCAUCCGGUUCAAUUUUUUUGUUUGGCAAGUGACAAUAGCAAGAGCUUGUAUAAUGAAAGAAAAUAUGUAGCUACAACAUAUUAUAUGAAUGAAAGUUCCAACAUUUUCUACA